CAUUCCAAGCGCGCUUCCUUUUCCUCUUUCAUCCGCCCCGAUUCUUUUUGGCCUAACCUUGCCAGAGCAGCGCCCUGCACUCGCCUGUACCGAGCUGCACAUCCACUCCACGCCGCCGCCUGCCAAACAGGAAAUCCCCACACAGAACACCCGCCCGCAAGCAGUUAGGGCAGGUCCGCAGCCCAAACACUCGUAACCAAUCUGCAUCGCGACCACCACCAUGGCCUCCGAAAUCACCGAGCACGACCAGAACGCGUCGCCGUCCGUCCACGACGACGGCAGCGGCAACAAUGGCGCCCUCGUCGCCGGCGAUGCGAACCGCGGCACUAAGCGGCCGCGCCCGGCGGCCGACGACGACGACGACGACGAUGACAAGCCCGGCCGCGAGCGCAGGAAGAUCGAGAUCAAGUUCAUCCAGGACAAGUCGCGCCGGCACAUCACCUUCUCGAAGCGCAAGGCGGGCAUCAUGAAGAAGGCGUACGAAUUAUCCGUCCUCACCGGCACUCAGGUGCUGCUGCUCGUCGUGUCCGAGACCGGUCUUGUCUACACCUUCACCACGCCGAAGCUGCAGCCGCUCGUCACGAAGCCCGAAGGCAAGAACCUCAUCCAGGCCUGCCUGAACGCGCCCGAGCCCGCGGGGGACAACGCGAACGGCGUCGACGACAACAACCCGGUCGACUCGCCCGAGGACAACCAGGCCCACGUCCCCGCUGGCCAGCCGCGCGGAAUGCCCGGCAACGCCGGUAUGCCGCAAGCUGCAUACAUGACGCCCGAGGCCGCUCUGCACUACCAGCAGUACCUGCAGCAGCAGCAGCCGUCACAGCAGUACCCAAUGCCACAAGGAGGCAUGCCCCGCCAUCCUGCGCAGCACUACCAGCAAGACCAGAAACUAAGCUAAAUGUAAUACACUCGGUCUGUUUGGAU